AUGUUGCUUUCUGCCGUCUCUUUUGCCAAGAGCAAGUCAAAAACCAUUCUGGUGAGGUUAGUGAGCCAAGCUGGGAUAGUUUUCUCCUUCAACCACAAGAGAAGCCGACACCAAGAGAAGCUGACUCUUCUGCAUUAUGAUCCAAUUGUGAACAAAGAAGUCCUCUUCAUGGAACAGAAAAAAAUACGAUCCCUCUAA